AUGGCUUCAAAUCCAGCAUUAAUGCGAGAAGUUCGUUUGUACGACAACCACACCGAAAGAGAGCACGUGAGUUUUUUUUUCUUUUUGAGUAAAAUUUCUUUCCGAAAAUGUAUUCGUCACUGUUCACGGUUCAUUGAAGUGAAAGCGAUUUCAAUUUUUUUUUAAUAAUCUUUUUAAUCAAACAAAUAUAAUUUUAAAAACGAUUGCAUAUUUUUUUCAAGUUUCAAAUAACAGAAUUGAGCACGUAUGAAAACUUGUUCGAGGGCUCAUUUUUAUCAGAAACUUUUUCACGUCGUUUCAGAUGGAGAACCUUAGUGAACUGUUUGCUGUACUUAAUGCGCUCGAAUGUCUGGAGAAAAUGUUCAGUAGGGAUCACGUCGCUGCCGAUCAGUACAAAUCCGAGUGUUUCAAGCUCCUCGAUCAGUUCAAAGUUUGUUUCUCACUUGGCUCACACUAACAUAAUAUUAUGCAUUGAAAAAAUAGUAUCUAAGUGCACAUAGGAUGGUAUUGAAAUACCAGAAAGUUAGUCUUUGUAUGCUAUUUAUUGAUUGACAGUCAGCGAAUUUCUAUUCAAUUUAAGAGUCUUCAGUAUACAGUACAACCAAUGACGCUCAGUUCCCAAAGUAAUCCCUUUUUAACUAAUUUUCCCACGGUUUUUUUGACUUUGCCAAAAAAAAACUAGUUUUUUCUAUGAUUGGCUUAUACCAAACUUUCUUUGGUCGGAACUUUUCAAAAUGUGGAAGUCAAAACUGUGUUCUAAAUAUGCAAAACGCUUAGGUCGCUAUGCGUGUCGUACAAGGAACAAACGUUGAAGACUUUGCCAAAAAGUAUCGCCUUCAUUGCCCAGCCGCCUUGGAAAGAAUACGAGAAGGCAGACCCAUAACUGUCAAGGACGACCAAGGAAACUUGCUAAAGAACAUCGCCGCGAUAGUCGAGGUAAUAAUUCUUCAGUGGUAAAGUAGUAUUUCUGUUGAGAUUUUCAUCACUUGCUCCGACCAACUCAAGCUCAACGUCCGCGCUGUCGACGAGCUCUUCCCCAACAUCAACGAACUUUUCAAUGCUAUCAACGCUACCAGUCGUCUACCCAGCGACACUGACGUUACAACGAAAGUCAAAAAAUGGUUGGAAAUAAAAGAAUUCGUUAAAACUUCUCUUGUUUUCAAGGUACGAUCGAUUAUUGUUGAUGGCAGCUUCCGACGAAAUCUCAGACGACGACGCUCGUCAAAUGGCCAUGGAUCUAGAAGGAGCCUAUCAUGCAUUCGUCAAGUUCCUACACGAGCAAAAAAACUGA